GGGUGACAGGGAGUUCGAACAGAUUUACUUCCUGAUGGAAACUAAACAAUUUUCAUCAACAUAUCAAUAUGGCGAACAACUGCACGUUGUUUUUGGACAAGCAGCACUAUUGUACGGUGAUCUAUGCCGUGAAACAAACCGUGUCUUCGUUGGAACUGAUUGGAAGCUUGUUCGUUAUUUUCAUCAUCUGGUUAUUUAAAACAUACAAGUAUUUCCACCAGCGAUUAAUUCUAGCACUCAGUGUUGCAGCUCUAUGUGGAAGCAUUUCAUUUAUGCUGACAGAUGUCCCACAGGAGAGAGGACCCUUGUGUGAAUUGCAAGCAUGGCUCAUUACAUAUUUUGUACUAGCGCUUCUGUUUUGGGUUUGCUGUAUUACUUUCAAUAUCUGGAGAGCUUUGAGGGGAGACAGAGCCAAACGCUUAGAAAAGUUGUAUCAUUUUGUGUCUUGGGGUGUACCAGUCAUCUUUGCCAGUGCUCCAUUCAGUGAAAAUGUUUACGGACCUGCUGGACCAUGGUGCUGGGUAGCAGGCGAUGUUGAAAAAAGCGCCAUAUGGAGAUUUGCAACGUACUACAUUCCUUUGUUUAUUUGCAUCAUUGGACUCUUCGUUGCCUAUAUUUACAUAUUUGUUACUCACCGGCGACAGGUCCAACGCUGGGAAGGAAUUCACAGAAUGAAUAAUGCGGCAGACGUUGAACAAAGAAGGGUACUGAUGAACCACAUUAAUUCAUUGAUGGCCUACCCAUUCAUUUAUCUUGUGCUGUCGUUGGCUCCUUUCAUACACAGAGUUUACAACGCAGUUUAUUCAGACCCAAGCUUUGUUCUGAUUCUCCUCCAUGUUAUCUCCAUACCUUUAACAGGAUUGAUUAAUGCUAUUGCAUUUGGAGUGAACAAGGAAACCCUCAACAGACUGAACUGGGCUGAUAUGAAGGUGGCUUUUCAGCAGCAUUUUCCAUCGUGGAACCAAGGAAUGGACAGGUCCAUGGGAGAACAUCAGCUCGGAGAACCGACUCAGUGCACAGAAUUCCCGGGUCGCUCAAAUACAAGAUCUAAUACUAUUAAAUGAGUACUUUUCCUGAACGACCCCAGCUGGGAGACUUAAAUUUUCUCUUGCAUAGGCUACCAAUGUCAAUAAGCAAAUAUCAAUAUUAGCGAACCCAACUAGCACUUACAGUGGCGGAUAUGGGGGAGGGGCUUGGGGGGCCCGCCCCCUCCCUCCCCCCCCAAUUUUGGGCUGUCAGGUGGGACAAGCGACUAAAAACCGACCCUCCCCCCCUUAGCCCAAGGUCUGGAUCCGCCAUUGAGUUAUAUAAGAAGUUCCUUCUGAGUUGAUUGUAAUUUUAUAUUUGACAGACAUAGUAUCCCCUUUGUUGUUUUACUCUAUGAUGAUAGCUCCUAAUGAAGAACAGUCGUUCGUUUCACGAUGUAGUUACUUCAGACUGGUGUGAAUCACGACGUUUCGAUUUCAAGUCGUCUGAAGGCUGUAAGGGCGACUGGAAUGUCGUCACUUAAUGAAUUUUUAUGCUCAACUGUGAUUUGCUGGUAUUUGACAGCGUUGAUGGACGCAUUUUCAUUACAGCUGUAUUCACCGAAAGGAAUGACCAUUUUAAGUGGUAAUAUAAGUUAUAAGGCCGUUCCUAACUUUAAGUCGAAGAAAUGGACUGAGAAACUGACAAGGUUUCAUAACUGAAUAUCGCCUAUUGUCAGAUUUUUCAUCGUCUGACUGAUCUCGCUAGGUUCAAAUAACGUUAUGAACUACUAAAAUUGUAAGUGUUUAGGAACUACUAAAAUUAGGGAUGUUUUGAAAUCCUUAUGCGAAUCUUGUGAGCCUUGUUUUGCUAUGUGCUCCAGGACCUCACUUUUAUUUUUACCUCUUGAGUGAUGUGUCCUUGACCGUUGUGAUAGGACUUCAUUCUUGUUCGAUAAUCGUCAUCGCUAAUCAUGUAUGGAUUUGUCCUUGACCUUGCUUAGAAUCCUGAACGGAAGGUUUUUUCAGGUUUUGGUUCUCGAAGAUUGGUUUUCGCUAUAAGUACGUUGUUGUACAUUUCGAAUGUCUCGUGAGAUUGUUUUGGUCAGCAUUCUAAAAUUAUGGUUACUCUGCCAGGGUUAGUUGUCCUGUAAGCCCAAACAUGCCUACCGAUAACGCAUAUAAGAGCAUGUACUAAGAGCUGAAGUAAUACGAAGUGAGACAGAGUCUCAGAGGAUGAAAUAAAUUUCCUGACAAGA